GUGGCGACGACGUCAUUCCCGCGGGAGAAAGCCCCGUGGCUGGCCUGGGCUUGGCUGGGCUGGGCCGGGCCGGGCCGGGCCGGGGGGCUGGCUGCAUGGCGGCCUGCGAGCGGCUGGGCGGAGGCGCCCUCCGGGACCUGCUGGCCCGCACCCAGGGCGUGCUGUUCGACUGCGACGGGGUGCUGUGGAACGGGGAGCGCACAGUGCCGGGCGCGCCGGAGCUGCUGGAGCGGCUGGGCCGCGGCGGCAAGGCGGCGCUCUUCGUGAGCAACAACAGCCGGCGCUCGGUGGCCGAGCUGGCGGUCCGUUUCGCGCGCCUCGGCUUCCGCGGCGUAGCGGCCGAGCAACUCUUCAGCUCGGCGCUGUGCGCGGCGCGCCUGCUGAGCCAGCGUCUGCCACGGCCCUGCCCGCCGGGCGCCGUCUUCGUCCUGGGUGGCGACGGGCUGCGCGGCGAGCUGCGGGCCGCGGGGCUGCGCCUGGCCGGCGAUGAGCCGGGGCCCGUGCGCGCCGUACUCGUGGGCUACGACGAGCACUUCACCUUCGCCAAGCUGAGCGAGGCCUGCGCCCACCUGCGCGACCCCGACUGCCUGCUGGUGGCCACCGACGUGGACCCGUGGCACCCGCUCAGCGACGGCCGCACCACCCCGGGGACCGGCAGCCUGACGGCGGCUGUGGAGACGGCUUCGGGGCGGCGGGCAGUGGUGGUGGGCAAGCCCAGCACCUACAUGUUCGAGUGCAUCACGGAGCACUUUGGCGUGGACCCGGCUCGCACCCUGAUGGUGGGGGACCGCCUGGAGACGGACAUCCUUUUUGGUCACCGUUGCGGCCUGACCACCGUGCUCACCCUCACCGGAGUGUCCCGCCUGGAUCAGGCCCAGGCCUAUUUGGCUGCAGGCCAGCUUGACCUGGUGCCUCAUUACUACGUGGACAGUAUUGCAGACUUGAUAGCAGGACUAGCGGACUGAGGCAGCCUGACCGGAGGCAGGGCCACCGAGGGGGCUGGCUGUCACCUUACUCCCAUUUCCUGUCCCCUGCUCUGUGACACCGUGGGUACGAGAGGACUCCUUCCCCAAUCCCCGGGUCCUGAUCUAGUUUGGAUGUUUCCUUCCCCCAGCCCCGACAGAACACACACACACACACACACAAACACACAUUCGCCAUCUUUUGGGAUCAGUCUGCCUCCCAGCCCCCCAAGGAACCUAGUGAUUUCUCCCUUUAGGAUGGUCUAGGUGUCCUCUCCCCCCAUGAUAUCCUGCUUUCCUUUACUGGGAAUUUUUUUCUUAAUUUUCCUAAUGGCAGCAUCCUGGCUCUUGCCAACCCCCUUCUCUCAUCUCCGACUUGGUUGAUGCUGCCUUAACAUCUCUUUCUCCCCCUUUCUCUCUUCCAGACCCAUGACUCUGGGAACAAGGGGUGCCUCAGUUUCCUUCUUUGUAAAAAUGAGGUUUUGGACUAACUGGCCUCUGAGGUCCCUUCCAGCUCUGAAUCUAUGAUCCCAACAUGUUCUUUCUUGGAACACUGUGCCAGUAAUUCCCAAACCCUCGUUCUGCCUGCAUCGGGGGCUUCCCCUCUCCCAUGUGUGCUCACACACACACACACACACUGCUCUCUGAUGGGUUGAGCUUGGAGUCCUGGAUCCAACUGAGCCAGCCAGUCUGGUGGCACAUCAACCAGUAUGGGUCAUUAAGACCUGUCUCCUAAAGGACCAAUCGGGGCUGGAAUCCAUCGAAAUUUCAGGUUCUAGUGGACCAAUGGGAGGGGGUGCCUUGAGUGCCAACUUGAGGGGCCAUGUAGCUCCUGCCCUGAUUUUAAGUCAAAAGAGGACCCUGUUCCCUAUAGGCUGCGACGGACAUGGUGGGACCCAAAAUUCCUUUCCCUGAGAUUGUUGAUGUGCUUGCCCUCCUGCCCCGGUAUUUAUUUAUUUACCAAUUUGUGAAGAUUUUCAGAUGCACAGGAGGGGUUACCGUGACAUCUCUAAAUGUACCCAGCUCCCCUUUUCCCUCUUCCCCCCAGGAACUUGAAACUGAAUAAAUUAAGCCCUGGAA